GCAAACAUAACACUGCACUUGUCCACAACACGAUCAGUACGUUUUCUGUAUUCUACAUUCAAGCAGCCAAGCCAUGGCAUCCGUUACUCCACCGCAUUCUACCAUAUCGGUGAAGUCGCCAGAACCAGAUUACAAGGGUAGUACCGGUACAGGGGAUGUCAAGAACCAUGUGGUGGUUGAUGUGGCCUUGAGGGUCAUGUUGUUUGCAACUUCCUUGAUUGGUAUCAUUGUUAUGGUCACUUCUAAACAAACCAAGCUCAUACCUGUUGCACCUGGCAUGGCUCUACCCAUGGCUGCAGAAUUCAAUCAAUCACCAGCUUUCAUAUAUUACGUGGUAGCACUGUCUGUAGCUUGCUUGUACAGCAUCAUCUCUAGUGUGUUAUCGGUUCUAGUACUGUUGAAGCCCAAAGGAAGCUCAACUAGGCUGCUGUUUCACUUUCUGAUACUUGACGCGUUUCUGUUAGGUAUCAUGGCUUCUGCUACAGGAGCAGCAGGAGCUGUAGCUUACUUAGGAUACAAAGGAAAUGCUCAUACAAGAUGGAAUGAGGUUUGCAACAUGUACGAUUCCUUCUGCAGUCAUAUUGCAGGAUCUGUUACUAUAUCACUUCUACCGUCAAUCGCACUUCUACUGCUCAUUUGGCUCUCCGUUUUAGUGCUUUCGAAAAAGAUCAUGAGAUGAUAGUUACGUUGACAUGAAAAACACAGUUUCUCAUAUAGUCAUAUGUGUUGUAUCCUUCCAUGUUAGGAUUUGAGAUGGUAUAUGUAAUAAUUUGUAGGGGUGUGUGAGUGUUUGUGAGGUUUCAAAUGAAUACAUACUACAUAAGAACAAAGAAUAAUUAUAGUGAUA